AUGGUGCUGGGUCUGAACACGGUUUGUGACGUGUACUUCGCUGGCGCCAUCGACCUGCUCUGUGACGCCUGGAGUCUGACUCCAGAUGUUGCCGGGGCGACCUGGAUGGCCGCUGGCGGAUCGGCUCCAGAGUUUUUCACGUCCAUGGUGGGCGCCACUAUCGCGCAGAACGAUGUGGGCUUUGGCACCAUUGUAGGUUCGGCUGUUUUCAACGUGCUCUUCGUAAUCGGGCUGUGCGGCUACGUGGCCAAGGGCAACAUAGAGCUCACGUGGUGGCCGCUGUUUCGGGAUUGUACCUACUACAUUUGCUCGUUGGGCGUGCUGGCGUCCUUCACGUACAAUCAGACAAUAACGGCCUGGGAGGCUGUUAUUUUGUUUCUUUUGUACGUGGGCUACGUGUGCUUCAUGUUCAUCAACAGGCCCUUGAACAUCUGGGCGUACGAAAAGACAGGUACCCCUAUGAACAAGGAGCUGCGGGAGUACAUCGAGGAAAUGAGCAAAGCAAAGGCCGCCAAGGUCGAGCCUCAACAGGUAGGUCAGGUAGGUGGACCGGAGGAGGAAUCCCCAGCCAAGGCCGCCUCGGGCUCAUUUUCUGCGGCCACCGAUGAGCCGGACCGACCCGAGCCUGCUAAAGACAACUACAUCAAAGAAGAUCGGGUAGUGCCAAAAGAUGAGACAGAAGAGCCGGCCGGGGACAAGUUGGACCAGGAGCCGCAGGAUGUAGAGAAGGCGGAGCCCCCCGCUGCUGCGGAAGAGGCGGAAGCGGCGGAGGAUGACGAUGACGAUGACGACGACGACGAACCUGAGGACUUCAUGAUCAUGCCAGAAGGCACGUUGGACCGAAUAUUGUGGGGCCUAAGCCUUCCGGUGUAUGCCCCACUGUAUUUUACCUUGCCUUGGCCUUCCAAAGGCUCUAAGCUCUUCAUGCUCACCUUUGGAUUGUCUUUGCUAUGGAUUGGUGGAUUUGCGUUUCUGCUCGUCUGGUGGACUGACAUCGUAACAACGGUGGUGGGAAUACCCACCAUCGUGUCUAGCGUCACCUUCUUGGCGGCAGCAACAUCCAUCCCCGAUGCUGUGAGCUCCAUGGCCGUGGCCCGGAAAGGACAAGCCGACAUGGCAGUCAGCUCUUCGAUUGGCUCUAACAUCUUUGAUAUUCUCGUCGGAUUGCCAGUUCCCUGGCUCCUCAAGUGUGCGAUUGAAGCGAACAAUCCUGAAUUCAAAGGUGUGACUAUACAGUCUCCCUAUCUAAUGUUCUACACUUGCUUGCUGCUGGGAAUGGUCUUCGGGACUGUCAUCAGCAUCAAGCUUUGCGGCUGGAAGCUGCAGAAGGCAUUAGGUGGUUGCAUGGCUGUCCUGUAUUUUGUCUUUAUCAUCACGACGGUGGUGGUGGAGCUUUCCCGGCCAACAUGGCUCAUGACGAACCCGCCUUUGACCUGA